CCACCCCUCUUUUUCUUUUUUCUUGGUUAAUUCUCCAUCCCGAAGGGAAUAAAGGAUUGUUAAAAAUAAAAAAGUAACGCACGGGUUCAACGAGCGAUCACGCAAUUGUGAAAUUUCCGUGGACCAAACUGAAAUAUCACUCUGGGGUCGUUCUAUCAGUUUCAUUUUUCGUGGCGGUAAACUUUGGGGGCGGGAGAUGCCUAACAAAGACCAGAUUAACAGGGGAGUAAUAAAAAAGAUGAGAUAUUUCACAGCAAACGCCCCCCCAAAAGAAAAAAAAGAAACAGACGACAAUUAAGAGGAUCCAAGUAUUUUAAUUGUUCAUCAUCUUUCUCUCUUAAAAAGUCAUCGUCUGAUGACUCUCAGCGCCGCCCUCCAUUAAAAACCCUAGAUUCGUUCCUUUUCUAUUCUCUCUCGAACCCGAUCCCAGUAUCAGAGCUCUUCUCCUCAAAUUGUUCAGGGUCAAAACAUGGCAGCUGAGCUUUUGAGGCAUCAGAGCUCCCAAGCAUAUUAUGACCAUCAUCAUGGGUUUCUUUGGCGUUUGCUUCAUUUUCUUGACUUAGACCGUCGUCGUCAUAGGGGAAAGAUGCUCAAUUACAGGAGAUUUGAUCUCGACGACGACGAUGAUAAGCAUAGAGGAGGAACUACAAUUUUAACAUCAGAACAAAGUGACAAUGAACGGUUGUUGGAUAAAGAAGCAAACUUCCAGGUGGAAAAUAAAAAUAGUAUGAACUCGACAAAGAAAAGUUCUGGCAGUACUCACCUGAUUACUUUGCUUUACAAGAAGAUGACCGGAAAGAGGAAUAAGAAGUUGAAGAAUUCCUCUUCAGCAACACCCUUGCUUCGUACAAUCUCCAUUCAUCACCUUGAAUGCGAUGAUUAUGUUCUUCCUGAUGAAAUUACUCUGAAUAGUGAAUCUUCGACAGAUGAAGUAAAUUCUCAUGAGAUGGAUUUUUCUGCAAGAAGCAAACAAGGAUAUGAAUCCCAGAACAAGUAUCCUUCCAUUCUGAACAAUGACAAGGAAGUUUUCGAUUGCUCGUUGGACCUCAACAAGAAGAUUCGAGAUGCAAUCAAGGAGGAACACCGCAUAUCCAUUGACGGAGUAUUGGAUAAAGUACCUGUAGGCCACAAGCUAGGUGAUGAUGUGCAGAGAGAGGAGAGCCGAGGUGGGGAUAGCCCAAGAAGUAAAUUUGGUAGUGAAGGAUUUGUAUCUACAAAUAGCAAGCUUGCUCAUAGAACCAUUCAACGGUCACGCUCCCUUACUGAAUCCUUAGACAGAUACUCUCAUUUGCUCGAAUCCAGCUCACUUAAAGAACUUCAAAAGCUUCCUCAGAGAUUGAAUUCAGCAAGUGUGCAAGAUGACAGCUUAGCACAUAGAAAAGUUCUUCGGUCACGUUCUCUUUCUGAGUCCUUGGAUAGGUACUCUCAUUUGCUUGAGUUCAAUUCGGCUAGAGAACCCCAGAGACUUCAUCAGAGGUCAAAUUCAGUAAGGGAGCAAGACAGUAAAUUUGCAAAUGGCAGAGUUCUAAGAUCACACUCUCUUUCUGAAUCCUUUGAUAGAUACCAUUUGCUUGAAUCCCUUUCAGCUAGAGAACCCCAAAAGCUUCUUCAGAGGUUGAAUUCGACAAAAGAGCAAGAGUGCAAUUCUGCACAUAGAAGAGUUCAAAGGUCACGCUCGCUUUCUGAAUCUUUUGAUAGAUGCGCUCAAUUGCCUGAGUCUGUUUCAGUCAGAGAAUCCAAAAGACAGCCUGAGAGAUUGAAGUCAAUCCAAGAAGAGGAUGGUUUGCAGGAUAUUAAGUCCCAAACAGUUUCUGGGAGCAUUCUUUCUACUUCAGACCUUGGGUCGUUCUCUUUCACCAAUGACGGUUCAGGUGAAACACUAGCUUUAUCAUCUAAAAAAGUAGAUCCGGAUCUUUUAGCUAGUGAUGAGGAAGCAGACAAUUCCACUCCCAAUGAUCCAAAAUUAGUAGAUAUUCUUGUGAAUAUGAAGGAGAGUAUCAAACAGCCAGAACUAAAGGAUGAGUGUGAUCAAAAUGAAGCAACCAUCGUCUCACAUGAUCUAAUUGCAGAUGACAACAGCUCUAUUGCAUACAACGAGCAAGAGGAUGAAAUCAAACAGGAUGAAGUCGACCAGCCUUCAAAAUCAAGCCCACUUUCUGUUCUCGAUUCAUGUUUUGAAGAAGAAGAAGCAAUCAGUCCAGCAAAGUAUGCUGAGUUACGAGAUGCAGAGCUGAAAUCUAGCCACAUCCCUCUUGAGGCUGAGUUUAAUUACAUGAGAGAUGUCCUAGAUAAAUCUGGAUUUUGUGGAGGAGCAGAAGAAUUCCUUGAAGCAUGGUCCUCAUCCUAUGAGCCAAUCGACCAAUUAUUGUUCGUUGAAGAACUUCAGACUAUGAAAGCUGACUGUUAUGAGAUACCAUGGGAUCGCCAACUUUUUCUUGAUCUAAUAAAUGAAGCCCUGCUGGAAAUUUACGAGAGCAAUAUAGCCUAUACCUUAGGGCUCUCACGGUUUUCUUCUCAUGUUAUGCCGGUGAAUAUGGGAGAUCAUCUACUUGAGCAGGUAUGGGCAAAAGUUAGCAGGCUCCUCAGUUCACAACAAGAUCUGAAUCACGCACUAGAGGAUGCUUUGGCUCGAGCUUAUGCAAAGGAUGAUGGAUGGAUGAAACUACAUUUGGAUGUUGAGAGAGUGGGGAUGGACUUAGAGGGCUUGAUAUUGGAUGAUUUAGUUGAGGAAGUUAUUCUAGAUUUUGGAUAUGUGUGAAGUUUGUUGUUUGUGUAUGUUUUUUAUUGGGGUAUUAGUACAUAGUAUUUCCCCCUUUUUCUGUAAAUAUGUAUGGAUUUGUUUUAUGACCUUAUUCAUCUACCUGUAAUUAUCAAUAUUUUUUUGACUUAUA